AUGUUGGCUCCAACUCCACUCAACCCCCGCAUCUAUGGGUCACAUGAUGUUCGAUUCUACAUCCUGGAUGAGGCUGAUGGACUGCUGACGCAAGGCUAUGAGAAGUUCAUCAUGUCUAUGUAUUCACAGAUUCCCAGUAGUCAGCCGGAUGGUCGUCGUAUGCAGAUGGUGGUGUGCUCAGCAACCCUUCAUUCAUUCGAGGUCAAGAAGUUGGCGGAGCGCGUCAUGCACUUUCCUACCUGGGUGGAUCUCAAGGGGCAGGACAGUGUGCCGGAAACUGUUCACCACUCAUACUGCUUCAUUGACCCGGAGAAGACGGACUCUUCAUGGCACAGUCUAAAGCGCAGCGUUACCACUGACGGCGUUCAUCAGAGGGACAACACACGGGCGGGCAUGGUCACAAAAGAGGCAAUGUCUGAGGCGGUCAAGCGGCUGAAAGGCGAGUACUUGGUGCGUGCCAUCGACGUGCACCGCAUGGACCAGGCCAUCAUCUUCUGCCGCACCAAGCUGGACUGCGACAAUCUGGAGCAGUAUCUGAAUGUAUGCGGUGGUGGUGGCCGUUCCAACAAGUACUCCUGUGUGUGCCUGCACAGUGAUCGCAAGCCGCAGGAACGCAAGGCCAACCUGGAACAAUUCAAGGCUGGCCAGGCAAAGUUCUUGAUCUGCACGGAUGUUGCUGCACGUGGUAUCGACGUCCGUGGCGUACCGUUCAUGAUCAACGUGACUCUUCCGGAUGAGAAGCAGAACUACAUUCAUCGUAUCGGCCGUGUAGGCAGAGCAGAAAGGAUGGGACUGGCUAUUUCUCUUGUGUCAACGGUUGAGGAAAAGGUUUGGUAUCACAAGUGUCCAAGCCGUGGCAAGAGCUGUAACAACACCCGCCUGGUGGAGCAAGGUGGAUGCACUAUCUGGUACAACGAGGUCAAGUUGCUACGCGAUGUGGAGGCCCAUCUUGACAUCACCAUCCCACAGGUCGAGGCUGACUUGAAGGUUGAGCAGAAUGAAUUUGAUGGCAAGGUCACGUACGGACAGAAGAAGAAGCCGAGCAGUGCCAGUGUGUACGAUAAUCAUGUUGAGCAGCUGGCAUCAUCCGUUGCCGAUCUCUCACGGCUCGAGAAUCAUGCGCAAUCGUCGUUCCUGCGAAUGCGCUACAUGACGAACUGGACCAAGUGAAUAAGGAUGACGGCUUGAAUCAUGACGGUUGGAUCAUGAUGGCAUUUUUUGAAGCAAGCCAUUUCCCUCUCUACUCUCCUGCUGUAGUUUAAAUCCGUUCUGGUAGUACUGCGAGCCUCUCAGGGUGCUGUGCACUGGGCGUGUGUGUACGCACUGGGCGUGUGCCAUGCACUUGGUGUGUGCGUAUGCACUGUGUGUGCGCUAUGCAUGCGUAUUGGCAGUGAUUUGAGAUUCAUUGCUGCCAACGGGUGCAUUUCUAGCCGCUCUACUCACUGCUAGCAUGCCGUACGUUGUCUCAGCACACACCCUGGAGACACGCCCUGGAGAACAGCCUGCCUCAAGAACGUUUCCUUGGAGCAAGACGCUUCAACACCAGGCUUCCUGAUGCUCCUCAUUGCUCCGCUAAUCUGGAAAUUUGUCAGCUGCUUAGAGCAAUAUGCGCUCAGCUGUAGGUGCUCUGCUGCGAAUCCAGUAUCUCCGGGAGGAAGAUGGUAUUCAUAUUGAAAAAGAACUAUUGAUCCACUAUUCAAACUUUACUCGUUCUAUUUGGCUGGUGCUGCAUGGAGUCUUAUAUGGCACGUACUGUCACUGGUGCAAUGUUGGCCAAGCACGUAGCUGUUUUGCCUCCUUGAUUGUGUUGCGUUGUGUGUUUUUGGAGUGCAGUUGCGCUAAUGCCAUGGUGCUGCUGGCGAUGCCAUGGUCUCCACUCAGCCUUCACUACUGCUGCUGCCUGCCUUUGCCCAAGAUCAUCACUAUAUCACCAUACCUAUACAAUAAUGACUGUAAUUAUGCUGGUUGUGUUGAAGCAAUGGCUUCAUUGCUCCGCUCCUUUCCUAAUUUUAACAUUGCCGGAAAGUGAAUAUUGCCCGUGAGUUUGGUGUGCGGUACAUGCUGCUCAGUGUCCCUCACUGUUCUGUUGUUUCCUGUGUUCAGACACACACUCAGGCACUCCGACUGAGCAUGAGGGUGUUUCAUGACCGCGUACGACGGUGCACGGGUAAAC